ACAAUUGCAUGUGCUCUCACUCCCUCGUCCGGCAAUCUUAAUAUUAUAUAUUUAUAUAUAAAAGAAAGAAAAGCAAUUGGUGAAGGAAAAGAGAGGGAAAAGAAUGGAAGCGCUUUAUCUCAUUGGGUCCAUUCUCACUACCUUCUUCACUUCUCUCCUUCUCUCCCUUAUCCUCCCCUUCCGAUGCUUUCUCCGUCGUUUCUUCUUAAGCUCCUCCCCCGUUUCCGGAAUUCGAUCAGAUUCCGUCACAUUAUACCAAGGUAUUGUUUGGCACCACCGUAGGCGUCCUGUCCACCAUUCUUUCAACUACGCUGUUCGCUAUGCCCUAAUUGACCUUGACCGCUCCCCUUCUCCUCCAUCUCAUCAUCUCUCCGCUGAUGAAGCUCGCCGAGUUGCUUCUACCUCUGGACCUGUAUAUCUUCUUACCAUUCCAGCUAGUGUGGGAUAUGAACAAAAUCCGUUGAGUUUGUAUUACUGCUAUCAAACUGAGGACUCUGGACAACACCUGAAGAAGUGCAUAGCUGAGGUAACGAAUACGCCAUGGGGUGAGAGAGUCUCAUUUGUUUUCAACCCUAAUUCUGAUUUAGUAGCUAAGCCGUUGCAUGUCAGUCCUUUUAUGGACAUGCAUGGGAAUUGGAGUAUCAAAUCAAGUGCUCCCGGUGAUUAUUUAUAUGUUGCAAUCUCAGUUCAGCACCCUGAACUUGGUGACUACUUUUCUGCCACUUUGAAACUUAAAAGAGUGUCCCCAUCGUUUGGAUCAGAUCACUCAAGUUUCUUUUACUUGAUGCCGCAUAAAGUUGCAAUAUGGAUAUAUUGGCAUGCUUUCAAGCUAUGGUGGAAAGGUGUCCAAUUUCUUCAACAUCCAAGGUAUACUAACCCUUCAUACAAGGUAGAUGCUACUAUCCGGGAUCAACAACUUCAAUGCUGCAAGGGAACUGGAUCGAACGAAAAUAAUCAAGUAUCGAAAAUCGAGAACAAAGUAGAUGGUAAUGAAAGAAUGAAUGGAAAUCGCGAGUUCAUUUGGACAAAUGCUAAGUGGCCUUGGUCUUAAUACGGCGGCAGGUACGGAAAAAAUUUGGAUUUCAAUUGAAUGGCAGAAAGUAGGCAGAUGAAGAGAUUAAAAAUAGCAAAAUUCCAAUUUAUCCAUUCAUAGUAGUUCUCGUUGUAUAACAAAUAAGAACCGUGACCUCAAUGACCUCAUAAAACGAUCUAAAAAGGGCAAAUCAGAAUUCGGAACACAUUCACCCCAAAGUGAUAGAUUGGCCAAAACUGAGCCUAAUGCCUCCUAAA